AUGCAACGUUCACGUGAAGAUGGCAUAUUGCGUGAGAUUUCAUUUGCUCAUUUGCACGAUAUUGUUCCGAUUGUGAAUAUCAUUCGAAUGCAGCUGGCACACAAUGCUCUUUUUGAGAGCCUUGUAAGAAUGCAUAAUCGAAGUGCAUGUGUGGAUAAAGAUUCCACUGACAUUCAGAUGGCCUGCACAUCGGUUGACAAUUUCGAUCUUCAGUUCCAUUUGAAACAGAAUCUUUUCAUUGCCCGAGUAUCGAUAGCAGCUGCGAAUGUAAAUGUAUCGCUGGAAUGCGUAAUAAAUGGGGCUGUGCUUCCUGAAUCUCAGUAUGCUACGGCUGUUCUUGCAAAGACAUGGUCACUUGCGUUGAUGAUGCGAGGCAUUUUGCGUCGUGGAGGCGCCAUUUCUUUAGCUGCAACUACUACUAGUAGCGAGAAAGCAUUUGUUGUAAACGAAAAUGUUGACAGCGCGGAUGUUAAAUUGUCUCAAUCGUGGUUGUUUGUGCCAAACACAGCGGACAGCAUUAAAAAUCACCAGCACAGCACCGAUGAAUGCCACCAGUACGUGGUUGAUGAACGGCUGAGCAUCGCAGCACUGCGUGAUACACUUGGCCUGGGGCAGCCACCCUCCCUACUCACACUUUUCAAAGAGCUCGAAAAAGUGGAAGAAUUGAUCCCACCACAGAAACCGAUGAACGGUGCACAUCAGUGCGCGGCGCCUCCACGUAGCGAAAUGUUGGCACCGCGUACCAGUCGUAUUCACUCUGAAAAUACCAUGACGAUCAACGCCUUAUCCGAUCUGGAUGCAAUAUGUGAUAUGGCAGCAAACAUUGACGACGGUGAGUCGAAUGUAUCGGAACAUAGCAGUCGUUCAUCGAUUGUUGAGCGGUGUUCGCCGUCAGCAAAUGAGGCAAAAUAUUGUGCUUCGAUAAUGUACUUUUUCAUUUUGCAACAGGCUCCACUGAGUAAUCCGUCGGACGUGUUCGAAUUUGAUGAUCCGCCACGAAUGGCUCCAGCUACUGCAAUGCCAACAUCCACGCAGCAGUUUCAUUUUCCGGGUCCCGCUCAAAAUCCAUAUCCUUUUGGAGCGAUACAGAGUACCAGAGGCUCAAUAAGCGCACAGCCAACGCUGAAGCGUCGUGGACGUGGUCGUAAGGCUGGCAAUAUUGGUGAUCGAGUUUUGGAUCCCAGUCGACCGAUCAUCGACCCGAAUACCGGCAUGCUUGCUUCCGGUAUGAGCAUGCCAACACGGAAACCUCGAGGAAGUUCCACAACACGACGACCUCGUCGACCACGAAAAGCAGCUCAUAUGCCGGCAUCGCCAGCACAUGCGCACCAGUUUGCUUCGAUUAAUCGACCGAUGUUGCAGCGCUCAUUUUCAGAAAUGCCUUCCUCUUAUCCAUCGCAAAUGCCUCCUGUGAGUUUAUCACAAGAGAACAGAUCCGAAACGAUAUCAGAAUUUGAUGGGACCGAGGAAUCGUCGGACGAUGAAACAGAUCCACCACCACCUGUUCGCUCAGCAGCAGCUCAACCACCGCCGGCUGCUGCGAAACGUGACAGUCCGUCACUCUCAACAUCAUCACCUGGAGCGAGAUCAUCACCAAAUUUAACAAAAAUGAAUCCUGAACAAUCUGGAUCUGGAUCCGACCUGAAAAUAAUGAUCAAACUGAAACAGCAAGCACCUGCAAGACCUGCCGGGCCACCUCAGUCAUCAGUAUCCAGUGGAGUGUCAUCGUCGAUGCGUCUUAUUGGCCAGCCACCAUCAUCAUCCUCGAGAUCCAAAGAAGAGAAAGUGCUUUUGCGUCAGAAGCAACUGAAAGAGAAAAAUCGCACUACUCAAGACGAACGGACUCGUAAAGCAGCGAAGCGUGAGCGAAAAAGCGAUUUAGGUAACAGUAGCAAGAAACCGAAACUGGAUCGUCCGUUAACAGAGCAAAAAACAACGACAACAGUGUCGCCGAAAGUGGAAUUUCCUCAGGCACUCGCAUUUGCAAGCCUCAAAAAUUUCAAAAUACCCAAGGUAAAUGAGGAGAAAUGCGAGAGUCCAACGCCAACAACAACCACUCCACCAGCAGCAGCCGCAGCUCCGGUCUCCACUGGUCACACAAAUACCAAUCCUUCGAACAGCUCUGGCAAUUUGCCGGGAACGGCAUCUGCUCCGCCAGCUACAUUGGCACCAGCAUCAUCAGUAGCUGCAGUGGGAUCAUCAUCUUCGGGCACAUCGAUAUUUCCUCCGAAACCGAAAUCAAUUUUGAAAACAGCAGCAGAACCGUUGCCACCACUGUUUCGCGGUAUAGGAGGUGUCAUGCCACCAAUGCUACCUGGCCGAAGACCGCUACUGCCAGAUCCACGAAACGCCUUACAUCAUCCACCGCCACGGUGA